GUAGGCUUGAUGUUGCCAUGUGACGUGACGCUGUUCUCGCUGACAACUCGGGGCGAGUGUAGGGCUUAUGUCAGUAAUUUUACUACCAUGUAGGGCAAUAAAAGGGGUGUGUGCUUGAGGAAAGUAUUAUUAGAUACCCAGUAGUCAAUCGAAGGAAUUAUGGCAGAAAAGAAAUUUAACGGAGCUCCAUUUGGCACACAGACUGCAAGGUUUGAUGUAUCAGGAGUACAUCCGAAAAGUAAAUAUCCUGGCACAUUUACAGAGAUUCCAUAUGACAAAAAGUCUAUAGAUGUACUGAAUCGACGACUAGGACCAGGGUCAUAUAAGGUGGACCAUGGUGGAUUCAGCUCUAAAUCUGUAGAGGAAAGGUCAGCGGGACCAGGGUGGGCACGUGCCUUUGAGGUGGAGAGAAUGGCUGCCUUACCUCACCUGCUACACAAAGACCAGUGGGAACUAAAGAAAAUGCUGGCAAGGAAACUUGGUCCAGGUUCAUACGACAUCAAAGAUUUCUUGCAGCAAACUGAUGAAAAGCCAAGGAGCUACCGGGGGAUCUGUCAGACUUUGUCACAUCGCUUCAAGGACCAGUCUGUGGAUGACACCCCUGGCCCCGGGACGUAUGGUGAAGGGGGCGUGCCUCAUGCUGCCAUCAUUCAGAAGGAGAAGAAAUCGGCCAGUACGAUCGGAAUGUUGGACGCUGGAUCAUCCACACCAAGAAAUCUUCCCUCUGUGGUAAAUUAUUUGGGACCUGGUACAUACAACUUUAAGAGUUUUGCAGAUGAGCGAGUAAAUAAAGUAACGAGUCUACGUGGACCAUACGAUUUAUUUUCUGGUGACAGAAAUAAACCAAUCACAGUGGGACAUUUAGCAGCACCAAAACUAGCUAAUCUGGGACCGGGGCAAUACGAUCUACAAUCAUUUGUGGAUGAUCUGAAGACAAUCCACAGGAAACGUCAGGGCAAGUUUGGUAAGGUGAAACAACCACCAUCUAAGGCCACAGAGAGGAUAUUCUGUCAUACUUUACAACAGUGUCCAAAGGAAGAGUCAUUCCCGGGACCUGGCAGCUACGAGCCAGCAGAACUUUCCAAACCAGGGUCGAAGAAUGCACCAGGGUUUCUGUCAACUGCUCAGAGGAACGAUAAAAUGUCUCAACGAUUCUUUACCAGGAACUUUAACCCUGUGGGUCCAGGUCGGUAUGACAUCCAGAAGUGGGAGGAAGCACAGCACAGAAAUGGUAACGACAGUGUGUUCAAGUCACGUACAGGAAAACUCAACGCGGCCAUGGAAAAAUUCCUCAAGGAGAGAGUUCGGGCGAAGGAUGUGCGGCUAGAAGACCGUGUAUUUAUAGUAACACCAGAACCUCCGGAAGGUUACAUGUUACGAACAAAAGAACAGAUGCAAUUUGCGGCACGGAAAGCAGCUACUGUGACAAAAUCAAGAUUAUCACAAUAUGAAAAUACAAAAUCAAGAUUAUCCAAUUGUGAACAUGUACUAGUAAGUACCUACCAGUCCAUCUUUAUGGACUGUUUUGGCCUUGCACCAUCACUAGCAGAAAGAAAUACCCUUCCACAUGCAGUUUAAACAACUCCUCUGUUUAAAACAUGCAUAUCAACUUGUAUUCCAUGCAUAUUACUAGCAACUUGUAUUCAUAUUAUAUGGCAAAGAUAUAUUGGAUAUCAAACUUUUGUAAAACUGAAUAAAAUAUGGAUUUUUAAAAUUAAGAAAAAAUAUUUAAAAUUCUUCAAACAGUUUUAAUUAUAUAUUUAUUUUCUUUAAUUCCAAAAUUCCAAUUUUUUUAUUCCUUUUCCUUGUGUAUUUCCAGCUUGUACCAACCUUGCAAGAAGAUAUUGAUAUGAAAACACACAAUUUUCAGCGACUGGAAUAAUAAUAUAACAUGUCUUGAUUUCGUCACCAUAAAAUUGUGUUACAAAGUUUUGUUUGCUAGAAAUUGCAUGUGUUUGUGUUAAAUAACUAAAGAACAGAAUUUUGCGAUUUUUAUUUCAAGAAAAUAAUAGUGAGUUUCACUACAGCACAAGUAUACUGUACAGAAUGAUCAAAUUGACGUUUAUUUUGUAUGAAUAUUUUUAGUUCUCAUACAAAUACAAAACCACAAAAAUGAAUAAUUGUGUAUGCUCAUAAGAACUAUUCAAGAGAACCCAGUAAAUUUAAAAUGUUGAUAACAAAGCAAAUUUUAAUUAUUUAAAUCUAAAUGCAAGAAAAAUUCACAAAUUUCACUAUUUUAAAUCUUGUUUCUUGAAUUUUAUCAGAGAUGAGAAAAAUUUUCAACAUUAGUAUUCUUAUUGAAAAUUGUAGUUAUGAAUGCAUUUUUGUCUUUUCAGAAUGGACGGUCAACGGCCUAAGACAUAAGUUAAAAAAAUAAAAUUAUUUUGCUAUUUAACAGUGGAUUAUAAAUUCAUUAUGGUUAGAUAAUGCUUAAAAACAGUAUGGAGUAGGAUCAUGAAGGCCAUAAUUAAUUUAAUGUAACUUCAGGUGAGAUUUUAAUUGUUUUAGCAAGAACAACAGAAGAGGAAUUUCAUGUACUAGUAUAUAUGUUGUUAAUCAUGAAAAUAUUGUAAAGUUUGAAAUUCAAUAAUGAGUGAAAUGUUAUAUACAACAGUUGAUUGCUUUCCUGUACAGGAAAAAUACUUCAUAUUACAUAAAUAUCUUCAUAGUGAAAUCUCAUAACUGGUUCAAAACGCAUGAUUUACGUAAGAUGCAUUUACGAUUAUGAUAAUUGGUGCGAUAGAUUCUAUCAGUAUUACCAGAUAGAUAUUUUAGGUUUGACCACAAUGCUGAUUGUGAUUUAAAAAUAUUUCCAAAGAGAACUUGCUUCAAACUCCCAGAUCCAUAAAUAUAGCUGUAUGUAUAUCCAAAUCUUUUGAUAUAAACUACACUGGUAAAAAUGUUAGGUUUGAUAUACAAAAGUGCCAAGAAACCCUACGUUUGAAUUGAUAGACCUGUUUCACUGCCAAUCAUAUACAAUGUACAAAUUAUGCUAUCACAGAAACUGGUAACUUGUAUAUGUAUUUGUCAGCCUGCAUAAUGAGAAACAGGUGUGUAAUUUCCCAGUUAUUCCUGGAACUGCAGGUAUUAGUAUUGGCCUCGAUAUUUACUCGGAUUUAUCUGGCCUUCAUUAAGACAGAAUUUGCAUUGUAUAUUUUGUCUUAAGGCCCAUUUAUCUGGGAACCACAACAUCAUUAGAUAGUUAAUAACAUUUCCUACAGAAAUGUAGAUAUAGCUGACGAUUUCUGUAUGUUAUCUGAAGAAAUACUACUUCCAAUCAUUUUCAUUCCAAAAUCAUGUCAUUUUUUCAAUAGAAUUCACAAUGGUGUUGGCCAAUUCAUUUCUCACCAAACUCUACAAAUCACAUUGUUUCCUGUGUUAACUGCUGCCAGAUGUUUAAUUGUAAGCUUAACAAUAUAUUAUGAAUCCAUUGUGUAUUAUUGAAAUUUGUAUAUCACUUGCCUUUUAGUCCUUUUUAAAUUAUUCGACACAUUUUAACAUGGAAUACUGGAUUAGUCUUGAUAACCAAUUUAAUUUACACUACUUGGAUAUACAUUUUGUACACGAGUUGGAUCACUUGGGUAUUUCAGUUCACCUGGGGAUGCGAGGACUAAAAAAUGAGCUGCUUAUUAUAUUUUCUUCUGACGGAUGAACCUUUAAAUUUAUAAAUGAUCAGAAACAAACAGCAUGCUUGACAUGGAGAAUAAUUAAUAAUUGAAUCGUUAUAAUCAUUAAAAUGUGAUUCGGUUGACAAAAUUCCAGCAGUAUUAAGGAACCAUAAGAUGGUACUUCUUCCUGGUAUUUUUUUUUGUUUGGGAAAGGGGCCCCAAGAAUUUCGGAUGUUGACAUUUUGGAGAUAGAACUAUGGUAGUAUAAAGUUUGUUGCUUAGGCUUGGAGCAAAGCUCAGUCAUUUGCUAUAAAAUGUGGGUUGCUUGAAAUAUUUUUUAAAUUUUUUAAGCAUAUUUAUUUAAUUGCUACUGCAAUACAUCAUCUGUGAUACUGGUAUAUACAUGUAUAGAUUUAUAUUUAAAAGAAAACUUAUUAUAUUUGUGUACAUUCAUUGUAUCAAGUUUGAUUGUGAAAUAUUGCCUGUGAAAGUAUUAUAUGUUUCCCCCUUUUUUGUGCUGCACCCUUCAAAUAUAAAGAUUUUUAUCAAUAUAUAAUAUACAUUUUUGUAGUCAUUAUAUAAUUAGUUUAAUCAGGAGCUUGACAUUAAAAUUUGUUGUGAUGGGACUUUCAACUGCUUCCUUCAAUAUGGGAGCAUAUAUAUGUGGGGAAUUUUGUUAUGCAUUGAAAAAGACAUUAUCAAUGGUUAAGAUGGUUUUAUUUCUACAGAUUCACCUUACCAGAAAUACCAUCAUGCUGAUUUUUAACCUUGUGUUGGAGGAAUAGAUAGUUUUUCAGUGCAUUGGGAAGUUCACAGGGACUAGGAACAUGACAUUACAAACCUAACAGUUCAUUUAUAAUACAUAAAAAUGUAUAUAAAUGGAGCGUGAUAUUGUAAAAUUGUACCAAGUCCCUGUGGAGCAAUUCACUACUCCUGGAAUUGGUGUAACGCUCCUGUAAACAAGCUCACUUCAACAGUAUUAUCAUUGUUAGUCCACUCAGUUUGAUGUUGUUGCACUACAUUUUUGUUUGAUUAAUUAAAUACUGUGUAUGGUACCUUG